AUGGCUGCUGAGGUUUUUCUGCACAAUGUACUCCCUGGAGGACUGACAGUAACGCGUGCCCUUGUUGAAGCCUUAACGAUAAUAUUCAACCCACUAUCUUACCGUCUUGUGAAUGCUUAUCACUGGUAUACCUGGUGCCUAUGCGUUUUCCGAGCCAGAGACGGCAUCCGUACGGGAUUUCCUUCAGCGUCACAAAGUGCACACUUCCUCACCUUUCACUCCUAUUCACAAAUUUUGAUGUAUCCAUUUGGCCAUCAAGUCAGAACCUACUCGAAUGAUUUGAACGACCUGAGGUCGACAGCCCUCAGUGCUUCAUCUCAGUUACAUCGAAUGUUUGGUACACACUACAAGGUCGGCACUGGAGCAGACACAUUAUAUCCGGCAUCAGGUGGUUCAGAAGAUUGGGCGAAAGGUAAAGCACAUGUGAAAUACUCGUAUCUCUUCGAAUUGCGACCGGAAGAGCAAGUUUGGGAUGGAUUUCUACUUUCUGAGAAUCAGAUCAUGCCAACGGCACGAGAAACCUGGGAGGCCGUGAAGGUGAUCGCCUCUCAAACUCUUGCUAUACCGACCGUUGCUCGAGCUCCCCAACGCCGCCCUCACGUGAGUUGA